GGCUUUCCAGGUAAGUGGUGCCUCUCGGAAGCUCCAGAACUGCUCUGCACAGGUGACCAGCCAGGGGAGGAGAGGGCUCUGGUGACCGAGAGGUACACACACGGGUUCCGGAUGCGAAAUCCAAACAGGUGGUGGGAUCGACUCCACUCCUUUACCCGCUAAAGAAUGGGAAGGUAGGAAUCUGAUUUGAUGUAACUCAUGAGGAGGGUGGGGAAAGGGGGCAUUUAGAUAUCAAAAAGGUCACACUCUGAGCCCGGGGCAUGACUGUCCAGUGCUGAAAAAGCACAUAAAAUCCUGGGCUGUGCUGUUCUCCAGUCCAUACACAGUCUGGUGUUUUAAGAGCAAGAGAGGGGUGCCUGCGAGGCUCAGUCGGUUAAGCGUCCGACUUCGGCUCAGGUCACGAUCUCGCAGUUCGUGGGUUCGAGCCCCGCGUCAGGCUCUGUGCUGACAGCUCAGAGCCUGGAGCCUGCUUCAGAUUCUGUGUCUCCCUCUCUCUGCCCCACCCACCAUUUGUGCUUUGUCUCUCUCUCUCUCUCAAAAACAGAUAAACAUUAAAAAAUUCUUUAAAAAAAAAAAAGGGAAAAAAAAGAGUAAGACAAAAAGCACGCCAGGGAGUGGUUUCUUAUUUAUGUGGAUCUCGUCUGACUUUCUUUUUGGCUUUAGCACAAAGCCAGGCAUCGCCCUCCGCUGAGAGCCAGGCUGCAGACGGAUGCUGAGAACAGGAAGGGCGUGUGAGGACCGCUUUGGCUUCACCCCUGCUUCUAACUGUUGCGGGUACCGGGUGCCCAGUCCCGAGGAGCCGUGACAAUGGAGGCUCUCCCCAGGGCCCUGGAGGUCGAGGAGAAGUCUCCGGAAUCCAAGGACCUGCUGCCCAGCCAGACCGCCAGCUCCCUGUGCAUCAGCUCCAGAAGUGAGUCUGUCUGGACCGCCACCCCCAGGAGUAACUGGGAAAUCUACCGUAAACCCAUCGUCAUCAUGUCGGUGGGGGGCGCCAUCCUGCUCUUCGGCGUGGUCAUCACCUGCCUGGCCUACACCCUGCACCUGGGCAACAACAGCCUUAAGGUCCUUAAGAUGAUAGGGCCCGCCUUCCUGUCGCUGGGACUCAUGAUGCUGGUGUGCGGGCUGGUGUGGGUGCCCAUCAUCAAAAAGAAACAGAAGCAGAGGCAGAAGUCCGUUUUCUUCCAGAGCCUCAAGUCCUUCUUCCUGAAUCGCUGA